AAUCUCAUAGUUAGCAGUGAAGUAUUUGGGAUCGGGCCGUGUGGACGCCAGAGCUAAGCGUCCGAGACCGUACAAACACCGGUAUGUUAGCAUAGCAGGAUUCGCUCCUGAGGUAUCGUGGGGACGUCGGUAAACUCUUGAGGUCAGAAUGUUCAACCCUCACCAUCACCAGCAGCAGCAGCAGCAGCAGCAGUUUCAUCAGCACCUCCGUCAGCUCCAGCAGCUGUUCCAGCAGCAGACCCCGCCGCCACCUCCACCGCCUCCUCCUCCACCGCCGCAACCUCCACCGACACACCACAUCCCCCAUCACCACGGGGGAGGCCGACCGAUGGCUGUCCCGGCUCCGGCGCCUCCUCCUGCCCGCAUGGUCAACCUGUGCUCAGCCACUCAGACCAUCAUCGCCCCUAAUCCCAUGCUCCAAGGUGCAUUACUGAUGCAGCAGAUGCAAGGAGGCAUGCGUAGCUUCGCUAUGGGCGGGCAGCAGUUCCAGCAGUUUUUUGCUACCGGAUCAAGAUCCUCCAUUUUGGGUCCGGUUCCACUGGGAGUUGCUAUUAAGACUCCUCAUAUGGGAUUUCCUCCAAGACACUUCAACCCACAUGCUCGCUAUUUUAACAAUGAUUUUCAGUCAAGGCAGCAGGACAGGAAGAGGGAGAACGAACACCGACCUGCAGUCGGAACCGACACCCAGUCUGGUGCAAGCAGCAGCCGAGAUGAAACCACAGCCGUGGCAGACGUGAACAGUCAGUCAUCCACGCAGCAGCCAGAUGAGCCAGCUGCAAAGAAGCAGAGAACAGAAGGGCCGAACGAUGCGCUUGAGACUGAAGCCUCCCCAAGUACCGAGUAUGAGCGCACUGCUGAAGAUCCUGAUACUGCAGACUGCAUACCAGAAGAAGACGGGACGGUAGCCGGGUCCGAGGCAGCCGAGGCACUAGAGCAAAGCCGGGCAGCCGAGCAGGUGGAAGGUCCAGAGUCUUCACUCAAGGACACGGAUCAGCAGAACAGUUCAAGCCAGUCAGAUUCUGCAGGUUCAGUGACUGUAGCCGACGGUAAAGAUGACACAACCGGGAGCAGCGAACCAUCCAAAGAAAAGACAACGACGACGGCAGGGGGGGGAGGAGAAACGACUAACAAAUUCUACUGCUAUAUCUGUAACAUCACCUGCCACAACCAACAAAAUUUCCAGAGCCAUAUGAACGGACUGGCUCACCAGCAGAGGAUGAUGGAAAUUCAGCACAUGAGUAACGCUUGCCUUGUCACGCUGCUGCCUCGUGUACAGGAGACUCUGCAGGGUUCACGAAAAGAUGGGGAGAAAAGACCAGGUCUGCAAAGGUGGUGUCCCACCUGCAAAACCCACUUCACUACUAAUGUCAUGGAUCAUCGUAAGACCAGGGAGCACAAGAUUUGUAGCCGUUCAUCGAGUCCCAGCUGUACCGUCUGUAAGCAGCAGUUCAGGACAUCUAGAGAGUUUGUUGAACACAUGCAGUCCACCGAGCACAAACAGCGCAUGGAGCAGGUGUUAAAAGAAACCGGGAAAGGGAAUCUGGACGAAUUGGGUUUGGAGGUUUACACAGUGGGCGCUGAUGAAGAAGGCAUGGACAGUGAGGAAGAAGAGCGGGUGGAGGAAGAAAAUGGACAGCAGGAAGGGCUCCCAGUAGAGAUGGAGGUCACAUUGGAAGACAUGACAGAGGAAGAAGAGUUUGACUCAGACACUGUAUACGGUUCCAGCUUCGUGAUUCCUGUGGCUGGGUUCCUGUGCCGGCUGUGUAACGAGUUCUAUCACUACGAGGCAUCAGCACGACGCUCUCACUGUAAGACGCACCAACACUUUGAGAACCUAAAGAAAUACAAGGCAUUAAAGAUUCAGGAAGCUUCAGCUGCACAGGCCUCCGAAUCAGUUUGCACGUCAGCAGAUCAUGAAACCAAGGACGCUGAGUCUCCUAGCGGUUCCUCGUUAAGUGACCCUGCCAUCAGGAACAGCAGACUAACGUCCUCUGGAGCUGCAAAUGAUCAGGGAAACAUCGGCACCAGCGGCAAGGAGAGUAACAGCAACAGCGCACCACCUUCCCCUAACCAGCAGCCUGCCUCUGGGUCUCCCACCCAGCCCAGAGACACGGAGGAAGACGGGGUUACAGAAGAGCCUGACGAGGAGGAGGACGUCCCAAGCAGCGUCCCCGAAGAAAAGACCAGCAGAGGGCGUGGAAGGACGCCUGGCAAGAAACGAGGAAGGGGAGGAAGACGACGCUGAGCUCUGGGAAAGACACGAGACGGAGGAACAAGCUGCUAUGGAGAGAUUGAGUGGGAAAUUUUUUUUUUCAUUGAAUGUCCGUUACACAUCCUCUGUU